UAAUUGACCAAUAUCAGUGAGUCCGCGCGCGGAUUCAUUGUGUGGUUGUUGGCCACCGGAUACUAUUCCUGUUGCCACCAGUCGGAAGACCUUACCCCCAACAAUUGUGAGCGCGGGCUGAAAAAGACCACCUGUCCUUUCCGGAGAUGAAAAGCGAGGACCAGAGAGGACAGACCAAGCAUAAUGUCCAGAAUAAGACAAAGAGUUCCUCUCUCAGGGAGGAGGAUGCAGCUCCGGUCCUUGUGUCCGACUCCACCAGAGAACCACCAGAGACCAGGAUGUCAAAGAAGAAGAAGAAGACUAUCCCCAGACCACCUGUCACAAAGGAUGCAGAGAAGUAUAAUGAUGGCCCAACUGAGAUCAGUAGGAAGUCUGAGCCAGAGCCAGACCCAGACCCUCUGUCAGAGCCAGCAGAGACCAGCGAGCCACAGCAGAAGGCGGCAAUCUUCAACCCACCUGCCAGAAAGCGACUGAAGAGGACCAGAAAGUUGGAGCCAGCCCCAGCCCCUCGCUCUGAGCCACCAGAGAGCAUGAAGUCAAAGGAGAUGGAGAUCCCAGGUCCACCUGCCACAAAGAGACUGAAGAGGACCAGGAAGUUGGAGCCAGCUCCAGCCCCUCUCUCUGAACCUCUAGACACCAGGAAGUCAAAUAAGAAAAUAAUCCCUGGCCCACCAGCCACUCAGCAAGUGAAGAGAUCCAGAUGUCCUCCCAGACCCUGGACCCCUAACCCAGUGAAGACUAGACGUAGGCCACCUUCAGCCACAGCCCCUACCUGUGAGAUAGGUAUAACUACACGUACCUUGAGAUCUAAGGUAGCGACAAGCCCUACCUUGAAGUCAGGUGUAGCCACAUCCCCAUCCAGCGGUGCAGCCUUUUCCACAUCCCCUGAGAGGAAGAAGAUGAGGAAGAAGGACAGGAAGAGGGCCAGGUGCAGUGGUACGGCCGUUCCCACCCCCCCUGAGAGGAGGAAGAAGAAGAGGGCGAGGUGCUGCCCUGUCCCGCUGAACAACCCCUUGUCUGUCUGUCGGUCACAGAGGGCCACCCAGGGCAGGAAGGCCUGUGUGUGGUGCAAACAGGGGAAAGAGUGGGUGAAAACCAUCUGGCAGUGUGAGGCCUGUCAGGUGGCCCUCUGUCUCAUACCGGGCAGAAACUGCUUCAGGGCCUGGCACGAGACUCACAAGUGGAACGAGGAAGUCAGCUUCAGUCUGUUUUGUUAAAAGUUGUCAAAUAUGUGGGUCUGGAGGCUCAGCAUGAGAUGUUAGUGGUUUGUGGUCAAAAAAGCCCACUUUCAGUUCCUAGUUGGUUAUAUUGGUUUAGUAUAAUACAUAUUCAGGUAUACAUACAUUAAAUAAUAAAUAUUUCCUUUGUGGAUGUUUUUGAAAACAAAGGAACAUUUUCUUAAAAGCCCUUUUCGUCAUGUUGUUUAAGUUGACAUUAAAUGCAUUGUUAAAAAACGAGUAUACCUCUUUCAAAUGUGUGCACUUUGUACAUUACAUUACAGUUCUUGUUCUUACAACUAACAGUGGUCCAAACAGUAUCUUUCAAUACUACUUACAAAGACAGCUGAACACAAAAAACAACCAUGUACAGUGCCUUCAGAAAGUAUUCAUACCCCAUUUUGUUGUUACAGCCUGAAUUCAAAAUUGAUUAAAAUAGAUUUCUCACCCAUCUACACAUGAUACCCCAUAAUGACAAAAGUGAAAAUGUUAAGACAUUUUUGUGAAUUUAUUGGAAAUUAAAAACAUAAAUAUCUCAUUUACAGAAGUAUUCACACCCCAGUCAAUACAUGUUAA